GUUUUCCGAAAAAUCUUGUCCUAUCUAUAGGAACGGUGAGAUAAGAAAUUUGAGUUUGAUAUUUUAAUUCAAAGUUUUCAUUGACUUUUUUUAAAUUAAAAUUUUGAGAAUAAAACUUUAAUGCUUUCUUUGGUAGAGGGGUUGUCAAACAAUUCAAAUGGAUUAGAUCAGGGGUGGGCAAACUUGUUGUGCGGAGGACCAUAUUGACAAAUGUAAAGCUAUUUGUUGGGGGGAGGGGGGGGUGUCGCGCAUGUAUAUUAUGUUCAAUUUUUACAUGUCGAUAAACAUUUCUCUAUAUUAAAAUGGCUUAAUUCGAAAUUUAGCAUUACAUGACAAGUCGAGUACUGUUUAAAAAAAAAUAGAAAAUUAGAAAGAAAUUUGAUCAAAAAUGUUACAACAAUCAUAAGGGUUACAUGGGGAAAAAAUGUAUUCAACACAAUAACUUUUUUUUUAAAAAAGUAAUUGUUUUUUUUAUUUCUAAAUGCCACCGAGGGCCGCAUAAUAUCAGUUAGUUUGCCCACCCCUGGAUUAGAAGGAUUAUAUGAAUUAUCUGGAUUAGAUGGAAGUAACAGGGCUCGGCCACAUUGUCGUAAUAUUCUACCGAUGUAGAAUUUUGAAGGAUACAUCCCAAACAUCUUCAUUACAGAUAACUUCAGAUCAGCUAGAUCAGGGCGAAUUGUUUCCCUUAAAGUUAGGCUCGAAAUACACAAAAAAGUUUUUUUUUUUUUUUCCCCAAUCCGUCAGAACUGAUCACUGGGCUCCCCACAGCGAUUACAACAGCAUCUCAAUGAUCGCUAACACAGUCAUUAGUGUCCCUGAGGAGGAGAAGCUCUACGGCAGUGGUUCUCAACCUUCCUAAUGCCACGACCCUUUAAUACAGUUCCUCAUGUUGUGGCGACCCCCCCCCCCAACACAAAAUUAUUUUUCUUGCUUCUUCAUAACUGUAGAGUAUAUGUCAUAUGUGUUUUUUCCGAUGGUCUUAGCCGACAUCUGGAAAAGGGUCAUUCGACCCCCAAAGGGGUCGCGACCCACAGGUUGAGAACCGCUGCUCUAUGGCAUCGGACGGCUGAUUUCUACGCUUGAUAAAUACUUUAGAUGUCUUGUGCUAAACAUUGUAAUAGUUUUAACAUGUCGUGGAAAAAAUUAGUUAUAUAUGUGCUGAAAAUGGAUAUGUUAAAUGUAAACCACAAUAAAAAAAAAUUCAUUUAUUUUGUGGAUAAAAGAAUCUUAUUUUUUAAUCGUAUCUUAUAUUCUGUUCAUUCAGAGCGCCAACAAUCUAUGCGCCAACAAUCUAUGCGCCAACAAUCUAUGCGCCAACAAUCUAUGCGCCAACAAUCUAUUUCUAAACGAUUUGACUCUUUUUAAAUACAUUUUUAAUAGCAUUUUGCAUUCCGCGUGUCAUAGUAGAUCGCUUUCCGUGCCAAGUCUGGCACCUGUGCCUAAGGUUGCCGUUCCACAGGAUUAUAUCAUUGCCUUAGGUAGCAUCUUCACACGAUUACACUCCUACACACACACACACACAUUUUGUAUCAUUGAUAUCAAAAUCUUUCUACAAACCUGUUAUCCAUCAAGACACAAUUUCGUGACAUGAAACACCAGGUGACACUGGCCGCCCUGUUUCAUUAUACACCACUAUGGUAACAAGAGGGAGAGACUGCCUUCCCCUUUCAGUUCCCUCUGAUACUACAUAGCAGCUAAGCGUAUUUUCAUUUAUUAUUUAAAAAUUAAUGUUGUUUCUCAGCUGCAGUAGGCUUCUUGCAGACACGUUCGUUGUUUUGUUGCGUCCUUUUUUUUUCCCUCCGGGUUUUCCCCAUACUUUGUUUUGAACGUUCCCUUGCAUCGCUCCCUUACACCGUUUCCUUACAUCAUCAUGCCAUCAUUAGCUUGGGUUGUACAUGCAUUUCUGUCAUCAUUACAGCGUGAAGGUCUGUAUCCAAAGGGUUUCGCCAGAUGUUCAAAGCAUGGGCUGCGGCAGUUCCAAGAAAUCUAGUACUGAAGUGGGCCAAGGGGACGACUCCACCAAGGUAUUACACCUGGCAUACACCUGGAACUAACUUACUGAAAUUGUUGUGAACUAGAUUGUUGUGAAUGUUGGGUGAGGGGGAGUUGUGAAUCGUGAGAGUGUUUUGUGAGUUGUUGAUCGUGAGGUCAGUGCGUGAAGUUAGUCCGUGGUGUGGAACGUUAGUGUAGGCUGAGCUGUUUGUGUGGUAUUAUACAAAGGGAUGUGUGUUAGCCAGAGGUGAGAGAAGAAAGGUAGAACAGCAAGAGAAGAAUUGUUAGUCGUCAAAAGUUGUCAGUCAAGAGUUGGUUGUUGGUAGCGAUAUGAGCGAGUGACACGUUAGUCGAGAGAGUAGUGCUAGGAGAGUGGAUAGUUGGUAGUUGGACUGAUGUGUGUUCCACAUGCCAUGGUAUAUUGAAUAGCAGUAUCCUGUUUUGUAAAGUAUGCAAUAAAUUAUUAUAUUGUUACACUGGACCUUGUGUUUUAUGUGAGAGAUAGAGAGAGUCAUACACCCUAGACAACGUAGAAGCAGUCAACCAUAAGAUAAACAAAGAUGUAACAUUUCAAGUAUUGAUGAAGGUCUCAAGUAUAAUAAAGGUCGUAACAGAAAUAGAUUAUGUAAAAAAAAAAAUUAAUUUAAAAAAAAAAAUUUAAAUAAUAAUAAAAGAAGGGGUUUUGGGUGAUUUAAUUAUUUUUUUUAACUAUUUCAUUUUUACCAGUCAAAUUGUGGUACGCUAGGUAUUUAGGAUUAGAGAUAUUAAACUAAAUAUUUAUAUAAAUUAGCUUUUUAAAAAAAAAAAAAAAUAAUAAAAACUUGGAUGCCUGAUGGUGAUUUGAUUGAGGGUUGGUUGUCUUCUUGAAGAUUGUUUGUUGCUAGCUUGUUGGCGUCUUGUUGGUGGGUUGCUGUGUCUUAUUGGAGUCUGGUGGGGGUUUCUUGGUGGUGUCUUGUUGGGGGGUCUUGUUGCUGUCUUGCGUGUGUGUUGUUGUUUUUUUCUUUUUUUCUGUGGGCUUGUUGUGUUGUGCCGGAGGCUUAUUGGUAUCUUAUUGGCGUCUUAUCAUCUGUCUGCUGUGUUGAUGUUUUGUCUAACAAUAAGAUGGGCAAAGACCCAUGCUGUUUGUUUGUUUGUUUGACUGCUAUCUUUCUGACUUUUGUUUCCAAACGCCGAGCAGUGUGGAGGCGAUGGACCGGACCGCUGCAAAGAUCCCAAACAUUUUUAUAUCGACGCGUUCACUGAAGGUGGGGUCAACAUCUACAUCUUUGCUGGGGCUCAGAGCCAGGAUGAUCAACAAAACGGAGAAAGUACGGAAAAUGGUGAGUACCCCAUACAAAAAUAAGGAUAAUGGUGAGUACCCCAAACAAAAUAAGGAUAAAGGUGAGUACCCCAUACAAAAUAAGGAUAAUGGUGAGUACCCCAUUCAAAAUAAGGAUAAUGGUGUGUACUCCAUACAAAAUAGGGAUAAGGGUGAGUACCCCAUACAAAAUAAGGAUAAUGGUGAGUACCCCACACAAAAUAAGGAUAAAGGUGAGUACCCCAUACAAAAUAAGGAUAAUGGUGAGUACCCCAUUCAAAAUAAGGAUAAUGGUGUGUACUCCAUACAAAAUAGGGAUAAGGGUGAGUACCCCAUACAAAAUAAGGAUAAAGGUGAGUACCCCAUACAAAAUAAGGAUAAUGGUGAGUACCCCAUUCAAAAUAAGGAUAAUGGUGUGUACUCCAUACAAAAUAGGGAUAAGGGUGAGUACCCCAUUUAAAUAUAAGAAUAAUGGUGAGUGCACCAAACAAAAUAGUGAAUACCUAAAACAAAGUAAUGGUUAUGGUGAGUAUCCUAAACAAGAUAAGAAUAGUGGUGAAUACCCCAUACAAAAUAAGGAUAAUGGAGAGUUUCCUAAACAAAAUAGUGAGUACAAUAAACAAAGUAAUGAAAUGGCGAAUAUCCUGAAAAAAAAGAUUAUGAUGAGAAUAUCGUACAAAGGGAUGCAAUCAUUUAUAAACAAUUGGCGGGAAAACUAUCAUUACUAUAAUGUGAUGAUGUCAUUUUAGGGGGGGGGGGAAUUGGUGGUAAUGAGCAGUAGAUGCCCCCCCCCCCCACAUCUCUAAAACAAUUGGCGGGAAAACUAUCAUUACUAUAAUGUGAUGAUGUCAUUUUAGGGGGGGCGGGGAAUUGGUGGUAAUGAGCAGUAGAUGCCCCCCCCCCCCAAAUCUCUUCGCAGAAGAGAUUAAAGUGCAUAGUGAGUCUAUUUUUAUUAUACGAUUAGAAUAUAUUGACUCUAUCAUUUCUGUUUCAGUACCUGAACGAGAAGACAGUGUCGAGCGAGUACUUCGAGAACACCCCAGUGCUGCACUGGCUUCAAACACAGCCACUAGUACACAUGAGGGGCUAGUAGACUCAGCUGAAACUUUUACCUGAGCACAAACUUUUACACACACACACACGCACCCACACUCACGCUAAAACUUAUUUUCAGACAGGUUGGUGAUGUUCAAAUUUUUGGCUUCGUUCAUGAACGUCCCAAUAUUUCAGACAGAACACUGAUAAAAAUUACGUGACCAAUCUGAUUUGAGAAGAUAUUUCAAACUGCAUGAAAUUAUUUUGUUGGAAAAGUCAGCGAAAGUGGGUUAAUGUUU